AGUCCCGGACCUGUCGGUUGCGGCGGCCGCCGCCCGGCCGCCCGCGGGGCACUCUAGGACAUGGAGUCCCGCCGCCCGGCCGCCCGCGGGGCACUCUAGGACAUGGAGUCCCGCCGCCCGGCCGCCCGUGGGGCACUCUAGGACAUGGAGUCCCGCCGCUCGGCCGCUCGCGGGGCGCUCUGGGAGAUGCAGUCCCCGUGCGGGUGCGGCCUCUCUUCACGGCCGGCCCUGGAGGCGGUACCGCACCUGUGCAUUGAGCACAGGUGGGGAAACUUAGGCCUGAGCGAGGCCCUGGCCAUGAAGCCCCGCCCAGUAGCGUCAGCUGCGGAACUCGAAAUUCAUGGGGCGACUGCGAGCCCGGGGUCUCAGCUUCAGACACCCUGACGUGCCCUCCACUCCGGAAACGGAACCGUCGGCGCACGAGCCGGGGGGGGGGGGGGGAGGGCGGAGCCGGCGAGGCACAGCUUCCCAUUGGACGCCCGCGCUCCUGCGGUCCUGCCCCCGGCCGCGCGCUGAUUGGCCGCGCGAAGGCAACCGUCGGCGUUUGAAACUCCGGCGCGCCGGCGGCCAUCAAGGGCUAGAAGCGCGGCGGCGGUAGCAGCCAGGCUUGGCCCCCGGCGUGGAGCAGACGCGGACCCCUCCUUCCUAGCGGCGGCGGCGCGGGCUCAGAGCCCGGCAACGGGCGGGCGGGCAGAAUGAGUCUGCAGGUCUUAAACGACAAAAAUGUCAGCAAUGAAAAAAAUACAGAAAAUUGCGACUUCCUGUUUUCGCCACCAGAAGUUACCGGAAGAUCGUCUGUUCUUCAUGUGUCACAGAAAGAAAAUGUGCCACCCAAGAACCUGGCCAAAGCUAUGAAGGUGACUUUUCAGACACCUCUGCGGGAUCCACAGACGCACAGGAUUCUAAGUCCUAGCAUGGCCAGCAAACUUGAGGCUCCUUUCACUCAGGAUGACACCCUUGGACUGGAAAACUCACACCCGGUCUGGACACAGAAAGAGAACCAACAGCUCAUCAAGGAAGUGGAUGCCAAAACUACUCAUGGAAUUCUACAGAAACCAGUGGAGGCUGACACCGACCUCCUGGGGGAUGCAAGCCCAGCCUUUGGGAGUGGCAGCUCCAGCGAGUCUGGCCCCGGUGCCCUGGCUGACCUGGACUGCUCAAGCUCUUCCCAGAGCCCAGGAAGUUCUGAGAACCAAAUGGUGUCUCCAGGAAAAGUGUCUGGCAGCCCUGAGCAAGCCGUGGAGGAAAACCUUAGUUCCUAUUCCUUAGACAGAAGAGUGACACCCACCUCUGAGACCCUAGAAGACCCUUGCAGGACAGAGUCCCAGCACAAAGCGGAGACUCCGCACGGAGCCGAGGAAGAAUGCAAAGCGGAGACUCCGCACGGAGCCGAGGAAGAAUGCCGGCACGGUGGGGUCUGUGCUCCCACAGCAGUGGCCACUUCGCCUCCUGGUGCAAUUCCUAAGGAAGCCUGCGGAGGAGCACCCCUGCAGGGUCUGCCUGGCGAAGCCCUGGCCUGCCCUGCGGGUGUGGGCACCCCCGUGCCAGCAGAUGGCACUCAGACCCUUACCUGUGCACACACCUCUGCUCCUGAGAGCACAGCCCCAAGCAACCACCUGGUGGCUGGCAGGGCCAUGACCCUGAGUCCUCAGGAAGAAGUGGCCGCAGGCCAAAUGGCCAGCUCCUCGAGGAGCGGACCCGUAAAACUAGAAUUUGAUGUAUCUGAUGGCGCCACCAGCAAAAGGGCACCCCCACCAAGGAGACUGGGAGAGAGGUCCGGCCUCAAGCCUCCCUUGAGGAAAGCAGCAGCGAGGCAGCAAAAGGCCCCGCAGGAGGUGGAGGAGGAUGACAGUAGGAGCGGAGCGGGAGAGGACCCCCCCAUGCCGGCUUCUCGGGGCUCUUACCACCUCGACUGGGACAAAAUGGAUGACCCAAACUUCAGCCCGUUCGGAGGUGACACCAAGUCUGGUUGCAGUGAGGCCCAGCCCCCAGAAAGCCCUGAGACCAGGCUGGGCCAGCCAGCGGCUGAACAGCUGAGUGCUGGGCCUGCCACGGAGGAGCCAGGUCCCUGUCUGAGCCAGCAGCUGCAUUCAACCUCAGCGGAGGACACGCCUGUGGUGCAGUUGGCAGCCGAGACCCCAACAGCAGAGAGCAAGGAGAGAGCCUUGAACUCUGCCAGCACCUCGCUUCCCACAAGCUGUCCAGUCAGUGAGCCAGUGCCCACCCAUCAGCAGGGGCAGCCUGCCUUGGAGCUGAAAGAGGAGAGCUUCAGAGACCCCGCUGAGGUUCUAGGCACGGGCGCGGAGGUGGAUUACCUGGAGCAGUUUGGAACUUCCUCGUUUAAGGAGUCAGCCUUGAGGAAGCAGUCCUUAUACCUCAAGUUCGACCCCCUCCUGAGGGACAGUCCUCGUAGACCAGUGCCCGUGGCCACCGAGACCAGCAGCAUGCACGGUGCAAAUGAGACUCCCUCAGGACGUCCGCGGGAAGCCAAGCUUGUGGAGUUCGAUUUCUUGGGAGCACUGGACAUUCCUGUGCCAGGCCCACCCCCAGGUGUCCCCGCACCUGGGGGCCCACCCCUGUCCACCGGACCUAUAGUGGACCUGCUCCAGUACAGCCAGAAGGACCUGGAUGCAGUGGUAAAGGCGACACAGGAGGAGAACCGGGAGCUGAGGAGCAGGUGUGAGGAGCUCCACGGGAAGAACCUGGAACUGGGGAAGAUCAUGGACAGGUUCGAAGAGGUUGUGUACCAGGCCAUGGAGGAAGUUCAGAAGCAGAAGGAACUUUCCAAAGCUGAAAUCCAGAAAGUUCUAAAAGAAAAAGACCAACUUACCACAGAUCUGAACUCCAUGGAGAAGUCCUUCUCCGACCUCUUCAAGCGUUUUGAGAAACAGAAAGAGGUGAUCGAGGGCUACCGCAAGAACGAAGAGUCACUGAAGAAGUGCGUGGAGGAUUACCUGGCGAGGAUCACCCAGGAAGGCCAGAGGUACCAAGCCCUGAAGGCCCACGCGGAGGAGAAGCUGCAGCUGGCAAACGAGGAGAUCGCCCAGGUCCGGAGCAAGGCCCAGGCGGAAGCGUUGGCCCUCCAGGCCAGCCUGAGGAAGGAGCAGAUGCGGAUCCAGUCGCUGGAGAAGACAGUGGAGCAGAAGACUAAAGAGAACGAGGAGCUGACCAGGAUCUGCGACGACCUCAUCUCCAAGAUGGAGAAGAUCUGACCUCCACGGAGCCUCUGUCCCCGCCCCCCGCUCCUGUCCGUCCGUCCUGUCUGAUUCUCUUAGGUGUCAUGUUCUUUUUUCUGUCUUGUCUUCAACUUUUUUUAAAACUAGAUUGCUUUGAAAACAUGACUAAAUAAAAGUUUCCUUUCAAUUUAAA